AUGGCGAAGAUCUGCACUAAAAAGUCCUACCCAACCAAUCAUACGUUUCCAGUUGCCAACUCCGAUGAUGACUCAGGCAAUAGCCGCAGCAGAGCACACUCUGCCUGUGAGGACGCGUCCUCGGCGGUACAAGGUGCCGCCUCCACUGAAACAAGCGGACUCCCCGGGUCACGCCGGGGUUCUUUCACAGGCACAGGAGCCAUGGCCAGGCUUCGCGGCGAGGAAGAGCGGCGCGACUCCUUCCUGGAGCGUUUCCGCGGGCCCGAGCUUAAGGACCUGAGCAGCCGUGGCAGUACCGCCCAGUCCUCCCUGGGUCAGUCCGAUGGACCCAGGAAGAGGAAUAAUCCCAAGCAUUGGCCCCUGGCCACUUACAACAUGAACAACUGCAACAACACAGAUGACAAAAAAGAUGACAAAAAGGACGAGAUAAAGAAAGAUGAGAAAAAAGAGGAUGAGAAAAAAGACGGGGACAAAAAGGAGGAGGAGAAAAAAGAUGAGAAGAAAGAUGACAAAAAGGAGGAGAAGAAAGAUGAGAAGAAAGAUGACAAAAAGGAUGAUAAAAAGGCAGAGGAGCCAAAGAAGGAAAUCUGGAUCAUGGACCCAGCAACAGACAAGUACUACAGGUGGCUCACAGUCAUCGCUCUGCCAGUGUUUUACAAUCUUAUUAUGCUUGUUACAAGGUCUUCCUUUGAUGAACUCCAGGAGAACUACACCAUUCUUUGGAUUAUAUUGGAUUACUCUUCAGAUGCGAUCUACUACACUGAUUGGUUUGUCAAAGCAAGAACAGCAUUUCUGGAACAAGGACUUCUUGUAAAAGACUCGAAGAAAUUGCGAGACAAUUAUAUAGCAAAACCUAUAUUCAAGUAUGACAUGCUGGCAAUGUUUCCAACUGAUCUGCUGUUUAUCAAGUAUGGAUACAACAACCCUAUGUUUAGAUUUAACCGCUUGUUCAAAAUGUCUCGACUCUUUGAGUUCUUCGAGCGCACCGAAACCAGAACGAGUUUUCCCAACGUGUUCCGAAUCAGCAACCUUGUACUCUACAUCCUGAUCAUUAUCCACUGGAAUGGUUGCCUGUUCUUCUCCAUCUCAAAAACCAUUGGCUUUGGCAAGGACACCUGGGUGUAUCCCAACACCAGCCAUCCCGAGUUCGGUCGCCUGGCCCGGAAGUACAUCUACUGCCUCUAUUGGUCCACCCUCACUCUCACCUGUAUCGGAGAGGUCCCGCCGCCCGUCUCCGACCUGGAGUAUCUUUUCGUUGUGACCGACUUCCUCGUGGGUGUGCUGAUCUUCGCUUCCAUCGUCGGUAACGUCGGUUCCAUGGUGUUGAACAUGAACGCCUCCCGAACAGACUUCCAGACUAAAGUGGAUUCCAUCAAGCAGUACAUGUCUUCCCGGCAGGUCUCCAAGGACCUGGAGGCGAGAGUCAUCAAGUGGUUCGACUACCUCUGGACGGAGAAUAAGACCUGCGACGAGAAAGCCGUGCUUAAGAACCUCCCGGACAAGCUGAAGGCGGAGAUCGCCGUCAACGUCCACUUGGACACGGUGAAGAAGGUGCGCAUCUUCCAGGACUGUGAGGCAGCGCUGCUGAUUGAACUGGUGCUAAAGCUCCAGCCGCAGGUGUUCAGCCCCGGGGACUACAUCUGCAAGAAGGGCGACAUCGGGAGAGAGAUGUACAUCAUCCAGGACGGGAAGCUGGCUGUGGUGGCGGACGAUGGCAUCACGCAGUUUGUGGUGCUCGGAGAGGGUGCCUACUUUGGGGAGAUCAGCAUCCUGGGAAUCAAAGGCAGUAAGGCAGGCAACAGGAGAACAGCCAACAUUCGGAGUGUGGGCUACUCCGACCUAUUCGCCCUCUCCAAAGAUGACUUGAUGGAGUCUCUCACUGAGUACCCAGAAGCCAAGAAGGCCCUGGAGGAGAAGGGAAAAGCGAUCCUGAUGAAGGACAACCUGAUCGACGAGGCCAUUGCCAACGCGGGAUCAGACCCGAUGAUCAUUUUGGACAAGAUUAUGCACCUUCAGACAAACGUUGACAAAACCACAACCUUGUUUGCCAGAAUGAUGGCUGAACAGGUGUCCACCCAGGCCAAGCUCAAGGAUCGGGUCAAAAUAAUGGAGACACAGGUGAAAUCUCUGUGCAAGGAGGAAGAGGUGGUCGAGGACAAAAAGGAAGAACCACCAAAAAAAUAACUAACUGAAUGUACCA